UUUUAUCAGACAUCUGGGUGUAGUCUACUGCUGUUUGCAUUUUGUGUUGUCCUGUCAUUCAUUUGGAUGGUUUCACAGGAGAGCCCCUCCCACUGUAAAACCCUCCCAUCUUUGACUGUUUAAAGAGCCAGCAAGAGACACAAGACGUCUCAGAGUGUCUUUAAGGCCUUUCAAACGAGAGAACUACUGAAAUUUAAAAUGGCACUGCUGGAAAUGCUCCUUUCACAGAUCCCCAGCACAGGCACAUUGCUGUCUGCUGUGCUGCUUCUUCUGGUUCUUUACUUCAUCUCCUCUGGCUCUCAUAAAGAGAGAAAUGAACCUCCAGGACCCAAACCACUGCCUAUCGUGGGAAACCUGCUGCUACUGGACCUAAGGAAAACCCAUGAAAGCCUUUUUGAGAUGUCCAAAAAAUAUGGAUCAGUUUUCACUGUGUUCUUUGGUCCCAAGAAAGUCAUUGUUUUGGCAGGGUACAAGACUGUUAAACAAGCACUUGUAAACCAUGCAGAAGAGUUUGGAGACAGAGAUGUUGCUCCUAUAUUCAGUGACCUUGACAAAGGCCAUGGAAUCUUGUUCACUAAUGGAGACACUUGGAAGGAGAUGAGGCGGUUUGCCCUCUCUAGUUUACGGGAUUUGGGAAUGGGGAAAAAAGGGACUGAGGAGAAAAUCAUUGAGGAGGUCCAGUACCUUAAAGAAGUUUUUAAGGCUUUCUCUGGGAAACCGUUUAAUACAUCACAACCAGUCAUUCAUGCUGUGUCCAAUAUCAUCUCAUCCAUUGUGUAUGGCAACAGAUUUGAUUAUGAAGAUCCUAAAUUCAAAAACUUGGUUAACUGGGGCAAUGAGAAUGUCAGGAUUAUUGGCUCGGCCUCCAUACAGUUGUAUAACAUGCUCCCCUGGAUUCGUCCCGUCAUUAUGAACUGGUGGAGGACCAUGAGGAAUGCACAGGGCAUGAAGAAGGAGAUGAUGGAUAUUAUUAAGAAUCUAAAGGAUACAAUGAGCCUUCAGGACCACAGAAGCUUCAUUGAGUCCUUCCUCCUCCGCAAACAAAGUGAAGAGAGGUCAGGUAGGAAGAGCAUGUUCUUUACUGAUGAGAACCUCCUGGCCUGUGUACGUAACCUAUUUGUGGCUGGGACAGACACGACAGGCACAACACUUUGUUGGGGGCUCCUGCUUAUGGCCAAGUAUCCACAUAUACAGGACCGGGUCCAGGAAGAGAUUGACAGGGUGAUUGGCGGUCGGCAGCCAGUGGUGGAGGACAGGAAGAACGUACCCUAUACAGACGCAGUGAUCCAUGAAACUCAGAGGCUGGUCAAUCUUGUACCCAUGAGUAUCCCUCACACCACAAGCUGUGAUGUUAAUUUUGAGGGCUUUUUCAUCAAGAAGGGUACAGUUGUGUUUCCUUUGCUGACAUCUGUGUUAAGGGAUGAGAGUGAAUGGGAGACCCCUGACACCUUUAACCCAGCACAUUUCCUCGAUGAGCAGGGUCGGUUUCGCAAGAGAGACGCCUUCAUGCCCUUCUCUGCAGGGCGCAGGAUAUGUCUGGGAGAGAGUCUUGCCAGAAUGGAGCUCUUCCUCUUCUUCACCUCUCUCCUGCAGCAUUUCCGCUUCACUCCUCCUCCAGGGGUGUCCGAGGAUGAACUGGACCUAACACCAGUUGUAGGAUUCACAUUAAAUCCUCCCCCUCACCAGCUGUGUGCAGUGGCCCGGUCCUGAUCACUAUCAUAUAUUAGUGACAAUCAUAAUGACUGGGACAAACCAUUUUGUUGUGCUGGAGGAGUGUUUUGAAAAAUGAAUUUCACUCAUCUUGGAUGUCUGUUUUUAAGAUGAUGUGUCUAUAUUUUGAAUUGUUAAUCCCUGUUUCAGUGCUCUUCAGUAAAAUGAUAUAUAUUA